AUGACUUUCACCAUCCCUAAGACGAUGCGGGCUCUGCAAUACUCAGAGCCCAAGAAGCAUAAGAUUGUCGAGGUUCCCGUGCCUGAGCUUCGUGAGAAUGACGUUUUGAUCAAGGUCAAGGCUUGCGGUGUUUGCGGUACCGAUCUGCACAUCCACGAAGGCGAAUUCAUUGCAAAGUUCCCCCUGAUCCCUGGCCACGAGACCGUUGGCGUUGUUGCCGCCAUUGGUCCCAAGGUCAAGGACUUCCAGAUUGGUGAGCGUGUCGUCGCCGACAACUCCGAGCUCUGCGGUACUUGCUUCUACUGCCGUCGUGGUGAUGAGCUUUUCUGUGAGCACUUCGAAGCCCACGGAGUGACGAUGAAUGGUGGAUUUGCUGAAUACUGCGCCUACCCUGCUGGCCGAGUCUUCAAAAUCCACAACCUGUCUGACAUCGACGCCACCCUCCUCGAGCCCGCCUCCUGCGCUGCCCACGGCUUGGACAAGAUUGCCCCCAAGAUGGGCUCUUCGGUGCUGAUCUUCGGUGCCGGUCCCACCGGUCUGGUCCUGGCCCAGAUGCUUCGCCAGAACGGCGGUUGCAAUGUCGUCGUCGUUGCCCCUCAGGGUCUGAAAAUGGACCUGGCUCAACAACUCGGUGCUGGAGAUAAGUACAUUGAGCUGUCUCGCAAGGAGCCCCAGGCUCAGUUCGAUGCUCUCAAGGCCGACAACCCAUACGGCUUCGACAUCGUCGUGGAGGCUACUGGUAGCCAGAAGAUUCUGGAAGACUCGAUCAACUAUGUUCGCCGCGGUGGUAAGCUCGUCGUGUACGGCGUGUACUCUAGCGAGGUUCGAGUCUCGUGGUCGCCAGCUAAGAUCUUCGGUGAUGAGAUUACUAUUCUUGGUAGUUUCUCUGAAACAUACAAGUUCCCUGCCGCUGUUGACUACCUUGACUCUGGCAAGGUUAAGGUUGAUGGUAUUGUGAACAAGGUGUACAAAAUCGAGCAGUGGGAGGAGUGUCUUGAGGCCAUGCGCAACAAGUCUGCUAUCAAGGCUGCCAUCACAUUCGAUUAG